AGAUUUUGUAGCACUUGGGAGACACUUUAUCCGAACAGAGUACUACAGUGUUGGGAACUUGAACUCAACAGUCGACCUUUGGUGUGCGAAAGGUUCAAUGGCGUCAACUCUCUUCACUGCUCCGUCGUUGUGUUCUUCUUCUUCUUCUUCUUCUAUAUUUUCCACACCCGUCAAAUUCUCCUUAAACCCGAACAGCAUUUCUCAUCCGUUCCAGAGAAACAGAAACCCUCUUCCUCUUCCGACCCUUUCUCCUUCUGUCCCAAUUCGAAGGCGCUUCAGUGUCAUUGCCAUGGCUCCCCCUAAACCCGGUGGGAAGGCCAAGAAAGUGGUUGGGGUUAUAAAGCUGGCUCUUGAAGCUGGGAAGGCUACACCUGCUCCUCCCGUUGGGCCUGCUCUUGGUUCUAAGGGUGUCAAUAUUAUGGCUUUUUGUAAGGAUUACAAUGCCAGAACCGCCGAUAAGCCCGGUUAUGUCAUUCCCGUGGAAAUCACUGUCUACGACGAUAAAAGCUUUACUUUCGUACUGAAGACUCCACCUGCUUCUGUUCUUCUUCUUAAAGCCGCUGGUGUGGAAAAGGGUUCAAAAGACCCCAAGGCAAAUAAAGUAGGGAAGAUCACAAUUGACCAAUUGCGUGCAAUUGCUGCGGAAAAGCUACAAGACUUGAAUUGCUCGAGUAUGGAAUCAGCUAUGAGAAUUAUAGCGGGCACUGCGGCAAAUAUGGGGAUUGAGGUUGAUCCUCCUGUUCUCGAACCCAAACAGAAGCAAACUGUAUCUUGAAGUUCCAUUUUGGCCGCGUAAGACGGUCCCCUGCGGUCUACGUUUUGCCAGUACAAAAUCACGCCUGACUUAUUUAAUACAUUUGUUUUGUCUUCUAAAACAAGGGAAACAGUUUCUAAUUAUUUGGUAUUAUUUGAAUGAUAUUUAAAUACAUGGCCUUCAGUUUAGGAUAGCAUCAUAAAGUUGACGCUUGAUUGGUGAGAAUUGUUACAAUAGUGUUGUUAAAUUGGGUAAAUUCAAUCAACCAUUAAUUACGAUUUUAUUUUUGUAGUUUGUCAUCUGUUCAAUUUUGAUUUCUCAAUUUCUAGCCACGCAGUUACGGUCUUCUAGUUAGACACUUGUUUGAUUUUGGUCUUUUUAACUUCCAUUUGUAAGAUUUCGGUCUUCCUAGUUUGAUUAAUGUUCAAUUUUUUGGUUUUCU